GAUAAUAUUAUAGAGUUUGGUCUCUGGUUUAGACCGCCAUCUUGGCAACUUCCCAACUGAUUUCCUUCUUUCAAAUCUGUGUGUAGAAGUAAUGGAGUCGGCGUUUCAAAUCAGUUCAACUAAGUAACUUUGAUUUUUCUCUCUUUCAUUCAUCUUAUAUAAUAAAUACCCAAAUACUUAUUCGGAUCCGGUCGCAAAAUCAAUUUUCAAGGAGAAAUUAGGGUUCUUUUGACAGAGGUUUUAACAAUUUGUGAAAUCGGUGAGUUGUAUGCGAAAUUAAUGGUGGAGGUAGAGAUCAAACGCAAUAAAAUUACUAAUGGCGGUGGUAAGAACAUGAUAUGGAGGUGGAAAGUUGUUGGAGCUUUGAUAGCAGUUUUACUUGCUACAUCUCUAACUCCAUGGCUGCAUUCUCGGAGAUUCUCUUUUCUUCGUUCUCCCUGCCGUUGUUCUGAGGAUUCUCAUAAAUACACAGGCAUUGUUGAGGACUGUUGUUGUGAUUAUGAGACUGUUGAUAGUGUUAACGAAGCUGUUUUACAUCCCUUGUUGCAAGAGCUUGUUACAACUCCCUUCUUCAGAUAUUUUAAGGUUAAGCUAUGGUGUGAUUGCCCUUUCUGGCCUGAUGAUGGCAUGUGCAGACUCCGUGAUUGCAGUGUAUGUGAAUGUCCUGAAAAUGAAUUCCCUGAACCUUUCAAAAGACCACCAUUACUCUAUGGCCUUGCAAAAGAUGAUCUUAUAUGUCAAGAAGGAAAGCCAGAAGCUGCUGUUGAUCGAACACUAGAUACUAAAGUAUUUAGAGGCUGGCCUGAAGUAGAUAAUCCAUGGACUAAUGAUGAUGAAACUGAUAAUAAUGAAAUGACAUAUGUAAAUCUUCAAUUAAACCCUGAACGUUACACAGGAUACACAGGUCCUUCAGCAAGAAGAAUAUGGGAUGCUAUAUAUUCAGAAAAUUGUCCAAAAUAUUCAUCUGGAGAAAGUUGUCAAGAGAAGAAAGUGUUGUACAAGUUGAUAUCUGGUCUUCAUUCCUCAAUUUCUAUCCACAUAGCUGCUGAUUAUCUUCUUGAUGAAACCACCAAUCAGUGGGGUGCAAAUCUUGAAUUGAUGCAUGAUCGAGUCUUGAAACAUCCAGAACGUGUGCAGAAUCUAUACUUCACUUUCCUCUUUGUUCUAAGAGCUGUGACAAAGGCUGCUCCUUACUUAGAGGAAGCUGAGUAUGACUCUGGAAACCAUUUGGAGGAUCUGAAAGCCCAUUCAUUGAUUCGACAACUAAUUCACAAUCCCAAAUUACAAGCUGCAUGCCCUCUUCCUUUUGAUGAGGCUAAAUUAUGGCAAGGGCAAAUUGGUCCAGAAUUAAAACAACAGAUACAAAAACAGUUUAGAAACAUCAGUGCUCUUAUGGAUUGUGUAGGGUGUGAGAAAUGUCGUCUAUGGGGAAAGCUUCAAGUUCUUGGUCUUGGAACAGCAUUAAAGAUCCUAUUUUCUGUCGACAGUGAAAAACACCCAAAUCAACAUCUUCAGUUACAAAGAAAUGAAGUGAUUGCAUUGAUGAAUUUACUUAAUCGAUUGUCUGAAUCACUUAAGUCGGUAACUGAUAUGGGCUCUUCAGCUGCCAUGGAUGGGUUAAUGUUGCAAAAUCCCAAUGUAAAACCAAAAACAAUUGGUUUUAUUCAAAGAAUACAAAGGGCUCAUUGGUGGAAAAACAUGCCAAUGUCGCUACAAAUCUUGAAUUGAAGGGACCCAAAUCAAGUCACUAUCAGAGAUGAGAUAAGUUAAAGUGAAGAUAAGAUUAUAUACAGACAGAUACAAUGUGAAUAGAGCGGGAAAAAAAAACAACUACCAAAUAUAAUAGUAAUGUUUUGGACGUAAAAUGUUUUAGACUUUGUUAAAUAACUUUUGUAUCGUGUUAGAUUGUUUAAAUGUGGUGGUGUUUUUCCGCAAGUUUUGCUGCUAGUGAAGUCGACCAAAACCAAACUUCGUAACUUUUUUUUUAAAACCUAUUAACAUCUUUUGUUUAUCCUUGUAAAAUACUUUUUUAAGAGGGGAAAUUCACAAAAAUGGUCACUUAUUAAUUUAGGAUUAGAGAAAAUAACACACCCAUGUGAAGGGUUACUUAGUAGUUCGACUUCAGUACCCAUGAUUAUAUGGGUUAGCAAGUAGUCGUGUAGUUGAAGUGUUUGGUCGAAAUGAACACCCUUUCAGAAUAUGAUGAGCAUGCCUAUAACUUGAGUUUGAAAUGAAUACCAUCCAGAUGUACGUAAACUGAGAAUAUUUAUUCAUUCCUUCUUGAGUACUAAAAUAUUCUUCAUGAAAAAGAGUGGCAUAUGACUUAUCUAUAUUCAACCAACGAUGCCUUGAACCUAUUAAAUAUUGGGCAAAGUAUAUAACAUGUCAUUAGCAUUUAGCGGGAGAAAAUUCUAAAUGAUCCACAUAUACAUCAUAAGAUGC